UGCCCGUGGCACUCCGAGCCCGGGAUUAACAAGCAGGGAGCAGUUUGUCCCGACAUCCGCUCGCCAAAAAGGAUUGAAAGCAAAACAAAGCCGACACCGGCGUCUACCGUCAGGACGUGACAUGCUGAUGGACGUAAGCCCAAUGCUGGAGUCUGGUCAAUAUCCUCCACCUUUACUACCGAAACCGGGCAAAGACAACGCCAGACUUCAGAAACUAAAGAAGAAGAGAACCAAGAAAAAGGGCAGUCUCUCGCAGACGCCCGUUCCGUUCCGUUCUUGCUUAUCUCCCGUCAACGAGGCCAGCACGGAUCUCGAACACAGCGACCAGUCCAGUCCGCCUAAGACGCCCGACUCGGUCUGCACUGUGGAAUCUUUGUGGUCCGGUUUACAAGAUGCCCCCCUUUGCGGUCGUUUUGAUCAAACUACAUCUGCAUUCCGUUACCAUGAACGCAACUCCGACGUUGGCAGGCGGAUCAGGACUUCUGAAGAGCAGGUGGCACCUCUGUAUGAAUGUUCCUCGUUUUUAUUUGACGAAUUAACUCCCUGCGCGGUGCCACCCGCGGAAUCAAACCUAAGUCUGAAUUUAAUUUCAUCAAAUUCCCUUGGGUCAGCCACAACAAUCCAUCCUGUCACCGUGUCACAGUCCGGUCCUAAAAUAUCCGCGCAUAACCUGCCACGAUCCCCGGCUAUCCUCAACCCUGGCCAAGGUCCAAGACCUUCUCAAAUUGCAGGUCCGCCUCCCGUUCCGGUGCUGCUAUCAGUUUCCGGAACGCAGUCGGAAUAUUUCACUCCCAACCAGAGGGAGACAAAGACCGCUUUGAAGGAACAGGUUCUACCCAAUGGGAACUUGGUUAGCAAGACAUUACCACAUGACCCCCAAGACACAACACCUGAAUGUUACCAGAUCCCAAAACCUACUUCCUCACAAAACCUGGAAGAAUCAUUAGAAUUUGGAUAUUUCAUGAAAAAAGAUCCAAAAGAAGAUUUUCCGAAGAUCUUAAGGAAACCCAACGCUACCUCUUCCACGGAAUCGUCCACUAGUUCUUGUGAAGUAUCUAAAACUUAUCCAGUUUUUAUAAGUAAAGCACCGAAGUCCUCCCAAAAUGGAUUCGCUACUUCAGUUUCGGUCAAGCCGGUCGAAAAAGAAGUAGAACAAAAUGACAAGAAAAGGAAUAACCAUUCCAAAGAUAUAGCAAUUGAAGUCGGGAAUACCGCGAAAAUAGGAAUUUUCGAUGAAGAGAACUUAACAUCAAAGACUUCGACAACCGGUUUUGCCAAACCAGCCCUCAAAGACCACAACCCAAAGGACACAUCAGGACAUUUACCAAAGAUCCCGUCAUUUCUGUGCACUGUACCACAGAAUCCUAAUCUUACCCCGGUACAACGGAUUCCAACUCAAGGAUCGACAAGUUCGAGCCCCCUUUUGCCCGCUAAUCACCGUCAUCACAUGGACGCACGGAAGUCUUUGUCAUCACUACUGGAAAGUCAAAUAUCCCUAGCCAACUCAAAAUCCAAAUCCCGGUCUACAUAUUACGGACUUAUUCCUGUUCAGUAUGCUGCCCAUGGUGGAAUUCGAACUUUAACGUCAUAUCAGAGUCUUUUACCCCGCAGAACUGAAUCGACAUCUUUGACUAAAACGCAAUCCGAUGCCGUAGACGACUCGACAAAACAUCCGGAUCUUCCGUCCGCAGAAAAGGAUUCAGAGUUCCAAAGAGAACGGACCAUUCAAAAUUCCAAAGACAAAUUUGAAGUCAAAACUCUUCAAUCUGCGACAUCUAGUUUGGAUGUAACAAAACCUGAGCUUCCCGUCGGUUUGGUACAUAAAAAUAUGUACCAAUCCGCAAGUGACGUAUCUCCGUGUGUAUCCAUUCCGAAAACAGGUGAGGUACACACACAAACCAUGACAAAGUUUCCCACGACCCCCAAUCGUGAUCUGAAUACCGAAAUAAAACGUAUUCAAAAUCUUUCCGAUUUACACAGACUCGCAAUUUCCGAAUACAACAAAAAUUAUCAGGUAGAAUCGGUUGACUUAACGACAACGCAAAACUUGAACGGAAAUAUCGAUGUUGUAAUUUCGCCGCCAGUCAAUAAUAAUCUACCAAAUACCAAAUCUUUUAAAGACCGAGUUGAACAAAAACUAGUUUCAGAUCGUUCAUCGACUAUAGCGGCAAAUAAAACUGCGUUAUGCGACCAAAAGGAUGUCUUAAAACCCAAACAAAGUAAUAUUAAUACACAUGAAAAAGUACACCGUGGAUGUGUAUUUAAAACCGUAUCGGAAAAAGAAUUAAUAGCGGAAAAUAAGCAAUUGUCUAAGACUCGCAAUUCUCGGAUCAAUGAAAUUGUCGCAUGUAAUACGUCCUUGGAGAAGAACCCUAACCCUAACCCCGUUAAUGAUUUAUCGACUAAGAAUCCCUUACCACAUAACAAAAUCUACGACGUACCGAUGAUUCCGACCAAAUCACUGAACAAAUCCCCCUGGGAACGAGACCAACACAUUCACAAAACCAGUUCGAGUUUAGACUCCAUCGAGGUCUCGGAGUGCACACUGCGGGCAUCUGUAAAUAUUCAAAGCGACCUUGCUAAAAAUAUCUUUUUGACCAAAAACUCAACCGCGGAGUCUUUAACUGUCAAGUCAGUUAUGCCGGAAAACAAAAUAACCGGACUUACCGAUCCGAAGAAUACCCAGACUAUUUUAAAAAGAACAACACUAAACCUGGUGGGUAGUGAACAUCCGACCAACGGCAGUGUCUUUUUGACCAAAAACUUAACCACAGAGUCUUUUCCCGUCGAGUCACUUAUGCCGGAAAGCAAAAUAACUGGACUUACCGAUCCGAAGAAUACCCAGACUAUUUUAAAAAGAACAAUGCCCCACCUGGUAAGUAGUGAACAUCCGACCAACGGCGGAGUCUUUUUGACCAAAAACUUAACCGCAGAUUCUUUUCCCGUUGAGUCAGUUAUGCCGGAAAACAAAAUGACCGGACUUACCGAUCCGAAGAAUACCCAGACUAUUUUAAAAAGAACAAUGCAAAACCUGGUAGGCAAUGGACAUCCGACCAACGGCGGUGUCUCUUUGACCAAAAACUUAACCGCAGAGUCUUUUCCCGUAACGUCAGUUAUGCCGGAAAACAAAAUAACCGGACUUACCGAUCCGAAGAAUACCCAGACUAUUUUAAAAAGAACAAUGCAAAACCUGGUGGGUAGUGAAACUCCGACCAACGGCGGAGUCUUUUUGACCAAAAACUCAACCGUGGAGUCUUUUCCCGUUAAGUCAGUUAGGCCGGAAAACAAAAUAACUGGACUUACCAAUCCGAAGAAUAUCCCGACCAUUUUAAAAAGAACAAUGCAAAACCUGGUGGGUAGUGAACAUCCGACCAACGGCGGAGUCUUUUUGACCAAAAACUCAACCGCAGAGUCUUUACCCGUCACGUCAGUUACACCGGAAAACAAAAUAACCGAACUUACCGAUACGAAGAAUACCCAGACUAUUUUAAAAAGAACAAUGCUGAACCAGGUGGGUACUGAACAUCCGACCAACGGCGGAGUCUUUUUGACCAAGAACUCAACCGCGGAGUCUGUUCCCGUUAAGUCAGUUAUGCCGGAAAACAAAAUAACUGGACUUACCGAUACGAAGAAUACCCAGACUAUUUUAAAAAGAACAAUGCAAAACCUGGUGGGUAGUGAACAUCCGACCAACGGCGGAGUCUUUUUGACCAAAAACUCAACCGCAGAGUCUUUACCCGUCACGUCAGUUACACCGGAAAACAAAAUAACCGAACUUACCGAUACGAAGAAUACCCAGACUAUUUUAAAAAGAACAAUGCUGAACCAGGUGGGUACUGAACAUCCGACCAACGGCGGAGUCUUUUUGACCAAGAACUCAACCGCGGAGUCUGUUCCCGUUAAGUCAGUUAUGCCGGAAAACAAAAUAACUGGACUUACCGAUACGAAGAAUACCCAGACUAUUUUAAAAAGAACACCGCUAAACCUGGUCGGUAGCGAACAUCAACGUUGCAACACACCAUCCGUGAGAUCAAUUGCUUCCGGAAAAACCGUCACAAACACGACUUCAGGUGUUCUAAAUACCGAUUCAAAAGUUGAUCCGGAAGAACAGUCGAAAAAAAUUAAUUUUGUUGACGAUCUCUCAAGUAGUCCUGUCUAUGAAGUUCUAAUAACAAGCUCAGUAAUGAGUUCUAAUGCACCCGGCAUCAAACCUGCACUGAAACAUAUUACCGAUACUCGAAAAAGUCCUCAUCUGGGAAGAUCAGAACCUGCAGCCGUUAAUUCAACCAAAACCAAACCAAACCAACCAAAUUUCACACAGGAAAUGAAAACUGAAAUGAAUUCUACUUCAAAUAUAUCGAGUAAAGGUGUAGCUAAUCGUUUGUCCGAGGACAACGUUCCGAUUUCGGCGACUCUGGAAGACUUUCAGACGAGAUCGGAACAAAUGACGAGCGUUUCCGUAGAAGCUGACCCUGAAACCACUGAAGUCACCGAAUCCGAUGGCGCCACACCGAGUUCGCUAAUACAAACCAAAUCCUCGAUCGUGCAAGAAGACUCUUUCUUGCAAGAACCGAGACUGUGUAGUACCCCGAUAGAAACCUUUGAUUCGGUUCUACCCCAGUCCCCAAAUACUUCUGCGUACAAUACAUCAGCUAGCAACGAGUCUCUGGUAAAAGCCAAAGUUGCUAAAAUGUCUUCAAACACAAUUUCCGAUCGACCCCAAAACGUAAAAACAAAGUCGCUAUCAAAUCCAGAAUCGGAUUCGAACACCAAAACUAAAACUAUCCCUCCCAUUUGUCACUCGAUUGGUCUAAACGCAAAUCCGCAUUCUGCCACUGAUUCUACCACUCCUGCCUCUCUGCCUCAGGACUCAGUCUCAGUCUCAGUCUCAACUCCAUCCCCAAACCGAGGAACGUCACCGCUAUCUCAGCCAAACACUGGAAUCAAACCCAAAGACGUUUUGAACAUCAGGGUUACACCAGGAAAGACCGAAGUCCAGGCAACCGAAGCCUUCACGAAGUCAGUGACAUCAACUGCAUCUUCAAUUUCUGAGACGAUAACCAGGACAGGAACAGAUCCCAAGGCUGUGGAGAAGUCUAAAGGUCUGAAGGGUAAGCUCAGUGGAUGGACGCGGCUUAAGAAACAUCUGGUGGUCGAACCGGAGGAACCUUCCUUUCCGUCCAAUCCACCGGCUAAAUCACAGAACGGAAGUACAAACCGUAGUCCGUCUAAGGAUGAACUUCCGGCACAUGAAUCGGAUAAUCAAGACAUGGUGAAGAACAACGAGAAUCCCAGAGCGCUAAAGAUGUGGGACGCGCUCCUUUUUCAGAUGUUCUCCACAAAAGACCGAAUCCUGCACCAGAUCAACCUCGCAAAAAAGGACUCAAAAGAUAAAUCAGAUCAGAAAAAACCCUCAAAGGACACCCAAGCAGAGAUUCCGUCCUUUGUCAGUCGUCUACCGGUUUUGCUCUACAGCCCUCGAUUUGAUGCCAGGAAACUAAAAGAGGCAGCGGAGAAACCGCUCGCAAAAAUAGCAGCAGUUUUUGAACGGGGACUGUUAAAACGAAAAACUCAGGACGAGGAUCAGAAGGACUUCAAUAGAACAGCCAGAGGAUUUGGCUCGACUAAAAUUCAAGAACCGUAACUCGGACUUGAGAUUUGGUUUUAUUGAUAUUAUUUUUUUUUAGCAGAUACACCGUACAAACAGUGAAACCUUGGUUAGCAUAUGCCCCAGUUAGCGUGUUUUUUUGGUUAACGUUGACGAUUUAGGCCAGAAUUUUGCGCGCAUUCUCCGGUUAGGGUAUGUCUUGUCGUGUUAUUAAUACACGCUAUUUGUUUUAUUACGAAGAAUUGUUAGCAUAUUAGCUAGCGAAAUAAAAUGGCAACCAGAAUCGGAAGUUACGUACGUCGUCGUACAUCGUUUGGUAAAGUCCGUUUUGGUUAGAGUCGAACCAUCUGGAAUGAAUUUCCAAUUAUUUUCCGCAUGUAAAUCUAUCAAAUAUUUUCUAUCAGAUUAUUUGGAUUUGCAACAUUUAUUGGAAAUUUUGAUUCGGUUAACAUCCGUUUUGGUUAGAGUCGAACCAUCUGGAACCAAUUUCCAAUUAUUUUCCGCAUGUAAAUCUACAAUUGAAAAUCUAUCAUCUAUCUAUUUUGUAUCAGAUUAUUUGGAUUUGCAUCAUUUCUUGUGGGAAAUUUUGUUUUGGUUAACAUCCGUUUUGGUUAGAGUCAAGCCGUCUGGAACAAAUUUCCAAUUAUUUUCCGCAUGUAAAUCUACAAUUGUGUCAGAUUAUUUGGAUUUGCAUCAUUUCUUAUGGGAAAUUUUGUUUUGGUUAACAUCCGUUUUGGUUAGAGUCAAGCCGUCUGGAACGAAUUUCCAAUUAUUUUCUGCAUGUAAAUCUACAAUUGAAAAUCUAUCAAAAACUCAAAAGAAAAAUCAGAUAAGAAAAAACCCUCAAAGGACACCCAAGCUGAGAUUCCGUCCUUUGUCAGUCGUCUACCGGUUUUGCUCUACAGCCCUCGAUUUGAUGCCAGGAAACUAAAAGAGGCAGCGGAGAAACCGCUCGCAAAAAUAGCAGCAGUUUUUGAGCGGGGACUGUUAAAACGAAAAACUCAGGACGAGGAUCACAAGGACUUCAAUCGAACAGCCAGAGGAUUUGGCUCGACUAAAAUUCAAGAACCGUAACUCGGACUUGAGAUUUGGUUUUUAUUGAUAUUAUUUUUAGCAUCUCUUGUAUCAUUGCAGAUACACCGUACAAAUGUGUAUGGCAUGUACAGUGAAACCUUGGUUAGCGUAUGCCCCAGUUAGCGUGUUUUUUUUGGUUAACGUUGAUGAUUUAUGCAAUAGUCUUGUCGUGUUAUUAAUACACGCUAUUUGUUUUAUUACCAAGAAUUGUUAGCAUAUUAGCUAGCAAAACAAAAUGGCAACCAAAAUCGGAAGUUACGUCGUUUGGUAAAGUCCGUUUUGGUUAGAGUCGAACCAUCUGGAACAAAUUUCCAAUUAUUUUCUGCACGUAAAUCCACAAUUGAAAAUCUAUCAAAUAUUUUGUGUCAGAUUAUUUGGAUUUGCAUCAUUUCGCAUGGGAAAUUUUGUUUUGGUUAACAUCCGUUUUGGUUAGAGUCGAACCGUCUGGAACGAAUUUCCAAUUAUUUUCUGCAUGUGAAUUGAACAAUUGAAAAGUUUACAAUUGAAAAUCUAUCAAAUAUUUUCCAACAGAUUAUUUGGAUUUGCAUCAUUUCUUAUGGGAAAUGUUGUUUUGGUUAACAUCCGUUUUGGUUAGAGUCGGCCUGUCUGGAACGAAUUUCCAAUCAUUUUCUGCAUGUAAAUCUACAAUUGAAAAUCUAUCAAAUAUUUUGUGUCAGAUUAUUUGGAUUUGCAUCAUUUCUUAUGGGAAAUUUUGUUUAGGUUAACAUCCGUUUUGGUUAGAGUCGAACCAUCUGGAACGAAUUUCCAAUUAUUUUCCGCAUGUAAAUCCACAAUUGAAAAUCUAUCAAAAACUCAAAAGAUAAAUCAGAUAAGAAAAAACAGUUUUUGAAAGGGGACUGUUAAAACGAAAAACUGAUGAUCACAAGGACUUCAAUAGAACAGCCAGAGGAUUUGGCUCGACUAAAAUUCAAGAACCGUAACUCGGACUUGAGAUUUGGUUUUAUUGAUAUUAUUUUUUUUAGCAGAUACACCGUACAAACAGUGAAACCUUGGUUAGCGUAUGCCCCAGUUAGCGUGUUUUUUUUGGUUAACGUUGACGAUUUAGGCCAGAAUUUUGCGCGCAUUCUCCGGUUAGGGUAUGUCUUGUCGUGUUAUUAAUACACGCUAUUUGUUUUAUUACAAAGCAUUGUUAGCAUAUUAGCUAGCGAAACAAAAUGGCAACCAGAAUCGGAAGUUACGUCGUCGUACAUCGUUUGGUAAAGUCCGUUUUGGUUAGAGUCAAACUGCCCGGAACGAAUUUCAAAUUAUUUUCUGCAUGUAAAACUACAUGCAGAAAAUCUAUCAAAUAUUUUCUAACAGAUUAUUUGGAUUUGCAACACCUAUUGAAAAUUUUGAUUCGGUUAACAUCCGUUUUGGUUAGAGUCGAACCAUCUGGAACGAAUUUCCAAUUAUUUUCCGCAUGUAAAUCUACAAUUGAAAAUCUAUCAUCUAUCUAUCAUUUAUCUAUUUUGUAUCAGAUUAUUUGGAUUUGCAUCAUUUCUUGUGGGAAAUUUUGUUUUGGUUAACAUCCGUUUUGGUUAGAGUCAAGCCGUCUGGAACAAAUUUCCAAUUAUUUUCCGCAUGUAAAUCUACAAUUGUGUCAGAUUAUUUGGAUUUGCAUCAUUUCUUAUGGGAAAUUUUGUUUUGGUUAACAUCCGUUUUGGUUAGAGUCGAACCAUCUGGAAUGAAUUUCCAAUUAUUUUCUGCAUGUAAAUCUACAAUUGAAAAUCUAUCAAAUAUUUUAUAUCAGAUUAUUUGGAUUUGCAUCAUUUCUUAUGGGAAAUUUUGUUUCGGUUAACAUCCGUUUUGGUUAGAGUCGAACCGUCUGGACCGAAUUCCCAAUUAUUUUCUGCAUGUAAAUCUACAAUUGAAAAUCUAUCAAAUAUUUUAUAUCAGAUUAUUUGGAUUUGCAUCAUUUCUUGUGGGAAAUUUUGUUUCGGUUAACAUCUGUUUUGGUUUGAGUGGAACCAUCUGGAAUGAAUUUCCAAUUAUUUUCUGCAUGUAAAUCUACAAUGAAAAAUGUAUCAAAUAUUUUAUAUGAGAUUAUUUGGAUUUGCAUCAUUUCUUAUGGGAAAUUUUGUUUGGGUUAACAUCCGUUUUGGUUAGAGUCGAGCCGUCUUGAACUAAUCAAUGGCGCUAACUAAGGAUCCACUGUACUGCAUGUACUAUGUACUAUUAUUUCAUACCGACUGAUUCUUUAAGUUUACUGAAGUUUAAAACAUGAAUAGAAUUUGAUUGGAGGUUUGCUUUAGCAAGACAGAACCCCCCCCCCCCCCCCCUCAUUGUAGGUUACAACAGUGUUUUUUUUUUCAGCAUAGAUCCUUGGUAGAUAAUUUCCCUUUUUGUCUAAAGAUUUAUACUAAAUAAAUUGCUGGGCUGUAUUGACAUCAUUUAAUUUUUCAUUGUUUUGUUUUUAAAAUAGGUUUGUUGUAGAAUUAGACCACUGCUACUAAAGAUAAACUGCACUCUAUUUUGUGUGCGUUCUAAAUCGACAAACCGCUAGCAUGACGCAGCUAACAAGUCACAUAACGGGAUUGACCUCGUGCACCUAUUGAGCCCCGUACUAAAACAAUAUUUUAUAGCCUAUGUAUUAAGAGGCACGUUCAAUACAAUAUUUCACUGCAGUUAUGUAGUAUUUUUAAGCAUUACCGGAACUUACGUGCAAUGUAGCGGCAGAUGUGGUAGCUAACGUAGCAUUGCGAGUGGAGGCACUGGUGUCACUACACCAGAAAAGUAGUUCUUCGGUGUUAUGCUCGACAAUAACAAUGUUUGCUUUAUAGUCGAAACAGGUGUGUGCAUUGUUAGCUGAUUUAUGCUAGCUGUGAUUUAGAUAUUUUUCAAUGUCGGUUUUCAGAUUUCCCUUUCAUUUUUUUCACGGUUGUUGUUUUUCGAUCUCAGCUACCAUUUUUUUUUUUUUAAUAAAUUUUUUUUCAAUCUAGGAAAAAAACUAGGAGUGCAUGAAUUGGGUUUUAAGACCGAGAUAAGAGCUGGUCUCUGCUAAACGCGAGCUAAAUGUGACUUGUUAAAUACUGUGUUACCAGAAGUUUUAAGCUAGUUGGCACGCUAGCUAACUAGCAGCAAAAUUAGCAGUUAUGCUACAUGUUUAUGUCAUCGCUGUGAGCAAAAUAUGUGUUUUUUUGUUAUUGGAAAGCGCUUUUCCAGACAAAUACUGUGAAGUGUUACCAGAAGUUUUAAGCUAGUUGGCAUGCUGGCUAACUAGCAGCAAAAUUAGCAGUAAUGCUACAUGUUUAUGUCAUCACUGUGAGUAAAAUAUGUGUUUUUUGUUAUUGGAAAGCGCUUUUCCAGACAAAUACUCUAAAGUGUUACCAGAAGUUUUAAGCUAGUUGGCAUGCUAGCUAACUAGCAGCAAUAUUAGCAGUUAUGCUACAUGUUUAUGUCAUCGCUUCGAGCUAAAUAUGUGUUUUUCUGUUAUUGGAAAGCGCUUUUCCAGACAAAUACUGUGAAGUGUUACCAGAAGUGUUAAGCUAGUUGGCAUGCUAGCUAACUAGCAGCAAAAUUAGCAGUUAUGCUACAUGUUCAUGUCAUCGCUGUGAGCGAAAUAUGUGUUUUUUUGUUAUUGGAAAGCGCUUUUCCAGACAAAUACUGUGAAGUGUUACCAGAAGUUUUAAGCUAGUUGGCAUGCUAGCUAACUAGCAGCAAAAUUAGCAGUAAUGCUACAUGUUUAUGUCAUCACUGUGAGCAAAAUAUGUGUUUUUGUUAUUGGAAAGCGCUUUUCCAGACAAAUACUGUCAAGUGUUACCAGACGUUUUAAGCUAGUUAGCAUGCUAGCUAACUAGCAGCAAAAUUAGCAGUUAUGCUACAUGUUCAUGUCAUCGCUGUGGGCGAAAUAUGUGUUUUUUUGUUAUUGGAAAGCGCUUUUCCAGACAAAUACUCUAAAGUGUUACCAGAAGUUUUAAGCUAGUUGGCAUGCUGGCUAACUAGCAUCAAAAUUAGCAGUUAUGCUACAUGUUUAUGUCAUCACUGUGAGCAAAAUAUGUGUUUUUUGUUAUUGGAAAGCGCUUUUCCAGACAAAUACUCUAAAGUGUUACCAGAAGUUUUAAGCUAGUUGGCAUGCUGGCUAACUAGCAGCAAAAUUAGCAGUUAUGCUACAUGUUCAUGUCAUCGCUGUGAGCGAAAAAUGUGUUUUUUUGUUAUUGGAAAGCGCUUUUCCAGACAAAUACUGUGAAGUGUUACCAGAAGUUUUAAGCUAGUUGGCAUGCUAGCUAACGAGCAGAAAAUUAGCAGUUCAUAAAAAAUGUGCAGGCCACAAAAACAACAAUAUUGUUAGCAUAUUUUUAUAUGCACACCUUUGUAUUGUAUUAGAUACGCAAUAAAG